AUGCCCACGCACUGCUGCGUUCCGUUGUGUAAACAACGUGGAACCAAAGAUAGCGACGGGAACAAGGUGUCCUUUCACCGUUUUCCAAAUGAUGAGACACUGUACAAGAAGUGGAUUAUUGCCAUCAAGCGAGAUGAAGGCAAGGACUUCCAAGUUACGAAAUGCACCAAAGUAUGCUCCAAGCAUUUUCGAGCAUGUGACUUCAUUCCUGGAGUUGCCAGCGGCCACAACCUGCUUAGAGACACAGCUGUCCCAUCAGUGUUUGCGUUCAGCAAGCCAUGCAAAGUUCGGAAGCCUCCAAAGCAACGUGCAGCACUCCCGCAGCAGUUUGCCAGGCGACAGGAACAAGUGUCAGCGGACCAAUAUUCAUUUGACAGCCCUGACCUGCCAGAAGGAAUUUUCAUGCAUACUGACGAGGAGGCGGUGUGUUCAGUUGAACAGACUGGUCAGGACAUCUUGGAUGCACAGGACACUGUGUGUCUCAUGGAUGCCAUCAAAGAGAAGGACACUGAAAUAUCGAAACUUCGUCAUGAAUGUGACAGCUUGAAGGAACAGCUGAAAGCAGCUAGGGCUGCUGUCCAUGAGCUUCAAGCACAGAACCUAUCCCUCGAAUGCCAACUUGAAGAAGAAAAAGGACGAACGUCCAGUUUUGCCAUUGAACGAUUCAAGGACUCCAAUGAAGACAUAAUGUUAUAUACUGGUUUGCCAAGUUACGGACACUUCGAGGCCCUGCAGGUUUACCUGCACCCUGGGGAAAAUGGCUAUAAUGUUCUACGCAGCGAGGAUGCUAGCACCGCAAGAUCUGCUGCAGGCCGCAAGAGGAAGCUAAGCCCUGAGAACGAACUUUUCCUUGUGCUUGUUAGAUUGCGCCUUGGUCUACUUGAGGCUGACCUGGCUCACAGGUUUUCCAUAACACAAUCUACAGUUUCAAGGAUCUGCACAUCGUGGAUCAACUUCCUGUACGUUAAGCUGUCUGCCUUGCCACUGUGGCCACCAAGGGAAGUGAUCAACGCAACAAUGCCACCUCAGUUUGCUGAAAAGUAUGCUUCUACGCGAGUGAUCUUGGAUGCAACGGAAAUACGCUGUGAAGUGCCAUCAUCUCUAUCACUCCAAUCCAGUACUUAUUCAUCGUACAAAUCUUCAAACACUUUCAAAGGUCUUAUUGGAGUUUCACCAAAUGGUCUUGUAACUUUUGUGUCAGAGCUGUUUACAGGAUCCACAUCGGACAGAGAAUGUGUCUUACGGAGCGGUUUUCUAGACCUUGACUUUGAACAAAAUGACUCUGUCAUGGCUGACAAAGGGUUUGUCAUUGCAGACCUGUUGGAAAAGAGGGCGGUAAAGCUAAACAUCCCUCCCUUCCUGAAUGGUGGCACAUUUUCAACUGAUGAAGUGAUGCAAACGAAAGAGAUUGCUUCACUACGCAUUCACGUAGAGCGCCGGAUCCAGCGCAUCAAAGGUUACCACAUUUUUGACAAACCGAUCCCACUUACCAUGGCUCCACUCAUUAACCAAAUGUGGACCGUAGCAGCAAUCCUAACAAAUUUUCAAAGUGACCUAAUUCAAGCCUAG